AUGCCGUCCAAACGCAAGCGCGAAAUCGAGGAUUUCGAUCCUAACAAGUCGGACUCGGAUGACGAAAACUUCGAGCCUGGCGCCGACCAACCUGCCCCUCGAAUCAAGAAGCGAUCGCGUGGCUCCAAGUCUCAAAGAAGCUCCGGCGGUCGAAAACGCACCAACCGGUAUCGAGGAUCCGACAUCGAUGAUGACGAUGAAGACGUCUCCGAUAGCAUGGAAGAGGGUUCUUUCGUCUCAGAUGAAGAGGAAGAAGACGAGGACGCCCCCGUCAACGCCGCUGGCCGACGCGCCAGGAAGGCCGCGGUGAAGCAUCAAAACUACAAGGAAAGCGAAAGUGACGAAGAGUCUGAAGAGGCUGAACUAUCUGAAGACGAACUUUCCGAGGGUCUCGAGAAGCCCAAGAAGAAGAAAGAGUCUCUGUUGAUUAAGCUAAAGGUACCAAAGAAUGCCGCGUCUGCCACUGCCGCCGCCGCGCCGAUCACCAGGAGAUCGACUCGUGCUCGGACAGCUGAGGUAGAGGAAGAGCAUGUCGAGUUGUCCAACUCGGGCAAGCAUGCACGGCCGGCAUCUCGAUCUUCCAAGAGUCGAAGCCCGGAGGCGUUCGCCCGCACUCGUUCUUCUCGCUCAGUUAAGGGACUGAAGGCGGCGGCGCCCGAGACGAUUGAGGAAGCUACCCAGGAGAGCAGCUUCCGUCGCGAUGAGGAUGCUGACGCCGAUGAGUUGGCCGGCGACGCAGCGGAAGCUCCUGUAGAAGCUCCUGUGGAGACAAAGGACACAGUAAUGGAGGACGCCAUCAAAGAAUCAACCGAGGUAGACGCAGAUGCCGCGGCCGAGGAUGAUGACGAAGAGGACGAGGGCCCAAUUACACGACGGACUCGCGCUAAAAGAGGAAGUGCUUCUGAACCUGGCGCUGCAGAACCUGAAGAGGAGCCCAAAGAAGAGGGCGAAGGCGACAUGCCGACACGGCGCCUGACUCGCAGAGGGCUUCGAAAGUCGAAAUCCGUCCAGGAGCCGAGCAGCGAUUUUGAACCUGGCGAAGAGUCCGCAGAAGAAGGACAAAUGUCAGACGCGUCUAAAAAGGAUGCGGGUGACCCUGAUGACGGAGAUUUUGACAGCCCGGCACCGCGCGGUAGGGCCGCCAAAGCCAAGGGCAGAUCCACCAGGAGCUCGCGGCGUGGGGCCGAAUCCGGCGACGAAGUCGAGCUAGACCAUGACGAGCUGGCCGAAGAGCUCCACGAGCUUCGACAGGAUUCACGUUCACGUCGCACGCGGCGACCGUCACCUGCAAUCAUGUACCAGGAAACUGUGUCGAAGCGACGCAGAGCUGCAGCCAAGCCAAUGAACUACUUCAUGCCGCCUCUUUCCGCCGUCAACAUCGAGGAAGACGACGCAGAAGAUCCGGCUCCAACCCCUGCACGGCGCCGCGGUGGCCGUGGAGGCGCCAGCCAGGCAUGGGACCGUGCUCUCAACACUACUUUCGGUCCUUUCGGAGGCGGCGGCGGCGCCGGGUCGCUGCUUGCUGGACCCUGGGGCACCGGUGCGGCUGGGGGCGUCGACUCCGACAGCAGUGACGAUGAAAUGGGCGGAAGAUCCGCCGCGGCUGGUAAUGUGGGUAUGACACCCACGUCUGCCGCUGCCCCUGCCGGGCUGCUCCCAGGCCUUGCGCAGCCCCUAGGCGGCGACGUAGCCGGCGUGGGCGCAACACCAAAUGUCGGCAAGGUCAAAAACACCAAGGCCCUCGCGGAUGCCGACCCGCUCGGUGUCGACCUCAAUGUGGACUUCACUCAAGUUGGUGGUCUUCAAGGCCACAUUGACCAGUUGAAAGAAAUGGUCCAGCUCCCACUUCUCUACCCCGAGCUGUUCCAAAAGUUUCAUGUCACUCCGCCACGCGGUGUUCUAUUCCAUGGUCCGCCCGGUACUGGUAAAACUCUUCUUGCCCGAGCCCUCGCCAACUCUGUCGGUAUUGGAGGCCGCAAAAUCACCUUUUACAUGCGGAAGGGUGCCGACGCUUUGAGCAAGUGGGUUGGUGAAGCAGAGAAGCAGCUGCGGCUCCUCUUCGAGGAAGCCAGGAGGACACAACCUAGUAUUAUCUUCUUUGAUGAAAUCGACGGUCUGGCUCCGGUGCGCUCUAGUAAGCAGGAGCAGAUCCAUGCGUCCAUCGUAUCGACAUUGUUGGCGUUAAUGGAUGGUAUGGAUGGUCGUGGUCAGGUUAUUGUUAUUGGUGCCACCAAUCGUCCCGACAACAUUGACCCUGCUCUAAGAAGACCUGGUCGUUUCGAUCGAGAGUUCUACUUCCCCCUUCCCGACGUGCAAGGCCGUCGUUCCAUCCUCGAGAUCCAUACCAAGGACUGGGGUCUCUCGGAGCCUUUCAAGCAACAACUUGCAGAGAACACCAAGGGUUAUGGCGGUGCUGACCUCCGAGCACUUUGCACAGAGGCAGCCCUUAACGCCAUUCAGAGAACCUAUCCGCAAAUCUACUCUUCCAAGGACAAACUCAUCGUGAACGCGGAUAACAUUAGCAUUCACGCCACCGACUUCAUGAUUUCCAUCAAGAAGAUGAUUCCCUCGUCAGAGAGAUCUGCUGGCACUGGUGCUGCCCCUCUGCCCAAGGGUAUCGAGCCACUCCUGCGUGAUCAGUUUGACUCGAUCAAGCGAGCGCUUGAUGAGGUGCUUCCACGCAAGAAGAAGCUUACUGCACUCGAGGAGGCCAUGUAUGAACAAUUCGACGACGAGGACCAUGGUUUCGGACGGGAGGCUCUACACCAAGAGUUUGAGCGGUCUCGAAUUUUCCGCCCGCGUUUCCUGAUUCAUGGUUUCACUGGUAUGGGUCAAAGCUACCUUUCAUCCGCUCUUCUGCAUUACUUCGAGGGUGUUCAAGUGCAAAAUUUUGGUCUUCCGAAUUUGCUUGCCGACGGACGCCCAAUGGAACAGGUCAUUGUAGGACUUUUCACAGAGGUAAAGAGACACAAACCCAGCGUCAUCUACAUCCCCGGCAUUGAGUCAUGGUACGCGUCUAUGAAGGAUACCUUGCCAUUCAUCACUUUCAAGGCCAUGUUGAAAUCAAUCCCGCCUACGGAUCCUAUCCUUGUGCUCGCCACUUCAGAGUAUGAGGCUGGUGAAGACCUCUCUCCGGAUCUUGUGCGAGAAAUAUUUGCAUACUCUCGCAAGAACCGGUUACAGAUCCAGCGGCCUAAGCAUUCAAACCGGCGAGAAUACUUCUCAUCAAUUGUGGAACACAUUCGCAAGAGCCCUGCCGAAUUCCCUGAUCCCGCCAACAGGAAGAAGAGGGUUUUGGAGCAGCUCCCGGUUGCUCCGCCCCCACCGCCAAAAGUACCCUCCAAGGAGGAGGUCAAGGCCAUGCAGAAGCGCGAUCACCAACUCCUCAACAUCUUGAAAGUACAGCUGCAGCCAAUCAUGGACCAGAUCAACAGAAAGUACAAGAAGUUCAGACAGCCCGUCAUUCCUCCCAGCCAGCUCGACUACCUCUUUGCUGAAAAUCAACCCAAUUACGUGCGCCCCGAUCUCGAGGGCAUUGAGCCUCGUCCCUUCGAGAUUGUCAAGGACAAGUACGGAGACGACGUUCUUCGCGAGACGGCUACCGGCAAGACAUUCUACAACUUGGAGACUACAACCAUUGAAGAGCGUCUUUCGAACGGCUUCUACUGCCGGCCCAAGGACUUCCUUCGAGACAUCAAGUCUCUCGCCAAGGAUUCCAAGAACAUCGGUGAUAAGGAGCGAACACUCAAGGCGAACGAGCUCGUUAGCAAUGUUGAGGUCGAUGUCGCCACCAUCGAAGGCAACACAAGCACGGUCGACUGGGAAGCCCUGCAUCAGAGGCAGGUACAGCGAGCCAGGGCUGCAGCUGAGAAGGAGAGAAAGAGGAGGGCUAUGCAGUCUAUUGUCGACCGUGUGCACACCGACAUUGCCGGAGGCAAUGACAGCGACUCGCAGGGACCCGUCACUCUUGGCGAACGUAUUCCUGGAUCUGCCCACGCCAUGGCCCGCUUCCAGGUCAUGAGCCCGGGACCCAACGGCAGUCCCGCGCCUCAGCAAAGCAACGGGACGUCCAACCCGUCUCGCCAGAGCGACGUACACAUGAGUGGCGUCGACGACGAUACCACUCAGGAUAGCUCUAUGCAGCCUCCUCAGUGGCCGGGUCAGGCCAACCAUACAACCGCUGGGACAACUGGAGCAACUCAGAUGUCUCAGAGGUCUUUAAUUACCACGGUACCUCCUGGCAUGUCGCCUUCUGAGUUGGCAAAUGAUGCCUCGACCACCAAGACUUCAGACCCAUCGCAGCGGUCGACGGAGAAAUGGAGCACGCAGGCCACAAACGGGUUCCACACGGAACAAUACAGCGACGGAGACACCUCCCAGCUGCAAGACACCCAGAUUCCUGCCGGAAUGGGUCCUGUUAGCCAAGCUACCUCGAGCGACGAAGCCUGGCCGCACUCUCAGGCUCAGGGCAUGGCACGAGGCAUUAUCGGGCCCUCGAUGGGUGGUCCCGGCAGCCAGAACUCAUCGCCCAACAAGUCGAGAAGCUCGGGAGAUUCCAAGUCACAUGCUCCGACGCUGACUAACAUUCUGAACGACUCGGUCAGCGAAGACAUCAGAAACUCGGGCUCAUCGUCGUCGCAGCAGCAGCCCGUCAUUCACGAGGGGCAAGUCGAGAACUUCCUCGACGAACUGACGGAGCGGACUUCGGGCUGCACUAUUGAGCAGCUCGAGCAAAUCAACCGCGAGCUAAUGGACGAGAUCUGGAGGACGAGGCACGAGUGGAACCGCAUGAAGGUUGUCGGUGAUCUCACGAAGGUGUUUAACGAAACCAUCAGCGACAUCGAGGACAUUCAGGGCCUCUUCCAGCUGAGCCAGGAGUCAUGA